UUCCCUUUCCAUAUUGAUCAUCGUUCAAUUUUUGCUUCUUUUCUCUUUCCUUUCUGUACCGGUUUCGUGACUCAGUCUUCUCCAUCGUCCCUGCCUGUCAAUCGAAUUCCGGCGCACUUCGUCAUACACAUUUCUGCCAUGGAAACCGAUUCAAAUGAUGUCGGUUUCAGUGCUUCUUCUGCAAUUUCUCAGCCCGUUGAUGUUCAAACAAUGCACCUUUCACAUGGAUCCACUAUGUAUUGGACACCCGAGUGUGAUCCCGCUGUCAAACCGUGUGUUGGUAUGUUUUUCAACAACCUGCGUGAAGCUAAGGUAUUUUAUGAUGAUUAUGCAUCAGUGUGUGGUUUUGAAAUACGUAUUUUUAGUUCAUCAAAGGCUCCUGAUGGUGUUAUUGUUUGGAGAUAUUUGGUAUGUAAUAGGGAGGGAUUUAAAAAUGUAUCUAAAUCCCGCAAGGAUGCAUCUAACAACGAUCUUUGCAAAACCACAAAUAACAACUCUGGUUGCAUUAAUGAAGAUGCAGAUAAUGAGUUAAAUCAUGAAAAUGAGUCAUCAGAAUCCGAAGGAGGUGAAAUUGAUGGGCAACCUUCUCGUCAAGAUUUACAAACUCUUGCCCUCUAUGUUGAUGAUGAUAAAAAGAGACGUCGAGUUUCCAAUAGGAUUGGAUGUAAAGCACGUUUAGUGCUUAGGCUUGCUGACACCAACACAUACGUGGUUACAUUGUUUGAAGAGAAGCAUAACCAUUGUAUGGCGUCUAGUUCUUCCAUGCCUUUUUUAAAAGUGAAUAGGAAACUAGAUAUUGGUCAUCAAAAGUUUUUCCUCAAUUGUGUUAAAGCAAAUAUCGGUACAACAAAAUGUUAUCGAUUGUAUAAAGAAACUGUCGGG